AUGAUCCCCGUGCCUGGAAGGAACAUGGAGGUGAACACAACAGAGAAAGUAGUCUACCUUUCCGUUGAUGGCACCGCCGACACGUUCAGCUCUUGUGCCACUGCCGGACAUCCACCGACCCAGCUCAACAUGGACGAUAAUUUUGAACAACAAACGAUUUCCAACCAGCUUCCCAAUGUUAAAGUCACAGGUGUCAACUGUCAAUCACCUACAAUCCUCAUGCAAUACAAAAAGGUCUCAAACAUGACCAAGGCGAGUAAAGGGAUAUUUAAAACGGUCACUGAGCACUGGAGACACACCAACAAGAAGACGAGGGUGGUCCGGUCUUCCAGCACGGGGACCACUCGCGCUACAUCCUCGGAAAGGUUCCCCAAAAGAAGAUCCUUCGACCCGCUAGCGACGUUGAAGCUCCCGGACCAAACUCCAUGCACCGCGCCACUGGAGGAGCUGCGCCUCACCAAGCCCCGUAACUGCCGCCGCGUUGUAGUCCUCGGCGCGCCCAGAGUGGGCAAGACGAACAUUCUCAGGCGGUUCCUGAACGACGGGUUCGAGGAACAGUACGAGCCGACGGCAGAAGACUUCCACAGGAAGUUGUACCAGAUCCGAGGAGAAACCUAUCAGAUUGAUAUCCUGGACGCAGCGAAGGAGAGAGACUUCCCCGCUAGACGGAGGCUGUCCAUACUGACAGGUGUGUAGGUUAUGAGUGUAUAGGCUAUUGACUUUGUAUAGAUCUAAUGCAUUGAGUUGGACAAUGAAAAGUGUUUUGUGUACAUUGCAUUUGCCUUUGCAUAGCCUUGAUCUAAUACAUUGAGUUGGAAAAUUAAUGUGGGUGUUUUUUUUGCAUUUAAUCAAAUCACUAAAUCUGUACUCUUCCCUCCAACAGGUGACAUAUUUCUCCUGGUGUUCAGUGUGGAUGACAGAGACUCCUUCAAAGAGGUGUACACACUGCGCAAAGAGAUAAUAGCAGCCAAGACCAAGCUGAUGAAGCUUAAAGAGAAUGCCCGGGUUCCCAUAGUGAUAUGCGGCAACAAAGUGGACUUAGAGGCGGAGAGGGUCAUCGGUCGUCCGGAGAUGUUCCAAGCUCUUGGAGAGGACACGGCGCUCUUCGAGACAUCAGCCAAAGACAGUACCAGUCUAGAAGAGAUGUUCGAAGCCCUCGUCAAGCUAGGCGGUCUCCCUACCGAGACGCGUCCGUCUCAGCACUGCGAGAUCUCCAUCCGUACCUACCAGGCGCUGAGCACCAGCAGAAGCCGUUGUGGCAGACGUAGCCGUGCGUUGGUUCCAAACGCGCCAUGCGGUGCGGUGUACCCACUGGCCCGCCGCCCCAGCUUUAACAGCGACCUACAGCGGGUAAUGGGCCCCAGUCCCACUAAACGGAGCAAACCCAUAGAGAAGUGUCAAAUUCAAUGA